UCUCACCAAUCAAGCACAACCGUCCAUGGCAUCCCUGGCGCUCUCUCUCAAGCUCCCAAACCCUCUCUCCUCAUCAUUCUCUCCUCAUCAUGCAGGCGCAGGGUCGUCCGCCAACUCAACGUCACAUGCUCUCCUUUCACUCCUCACCGCCACCCGACUCCACAGCCACUCCUUGUCUUCUCCUCUCUCCCGCUUCUCCUCCAAGACUACUCCUUCGAACCCCACAAGGCCCACUUUCUCUGCAAAUCCUACCGGUUCUUGGACGACCGUGAAGAAGACGACGACGGCGAAGAAUUGGAUGAUUGCAGCUUCGGCGAAGCCGUGGCGCUGUUCAACAGGAGAGAGUACUACAAGUGCCACGACUUCCUCGAGGCGCUAUGGAACAGAGCCGAAGAGCCGAGGAGGACUCUCGUUCACGGGAUUCUGCAAUGCGCCGUCGGGUUUCAUCACCUCUUCAACCAGAACCACAGAGGGGCGAUGAUGGAGUUGGGAGAGGGGCUUUGCAAGCUGAGGAAGAUGGACUUCGAAGAUGGUCCGUUUCAUCAGUUCGAGAGGGAGGUUUCUGCGGCUCUGGACUUCAUUUACCAAACUCAGAUUGAACUGGCAGCCUGUACUGAGGAACUGUGUAUUGCAAUGGAUAGAUCAGAGAGAUCCUACCAGCUUCUAGGGGGCUAUGGUGCCGGGCAGAACCUGUAUCGUCUAGAACUUGAUCAUGACGCGAAGAUAUACAUUGUUUUCUGUCCGGAGAGAGACUAUAUGAAGACUGUGUCACCACCUCAGAUUAAGCUUCCGACUCUAAAUGCAUCCGAAGAAGAUUUUCUCAAUUUCAGGUGAGUGCUUGUGACAUUGCGGGAGAAUAAGGAGACAAAAAGAAAGAGAUGACAGUUAAGAGAGGGCUUGGAACCGGCAAAAAGAGUUGGGCAUAUUCUAACUUUUUGUGCACAUCAUUAGGUGCCUAUAGAUGCACGCCAUCUAGAUUGGUCUGAAGUACAUGAUUGAGGUCUUUACAACUUAUUACACAUCAAAAAGCAUCUCUUCUGGGUCCAUCAAUCCUCUCAUUUAAACGGGAAAGAGAGUGAGGACUCCAUAAGGCUAAUUUGUCAACAUUUCUUUGAUAAAAUCAGUCGAAUGGGAAUGUCUUCUAAAUAAA